UAAAUAGAGCCCGUUUCCGCUCUGCUAUGAAACCCUAAAGGUGAUUCGGCGGGAAGUGUUCAGAAGGAUCUGUCUGGCAGUUUUGUCCGGAGAUUGUUUCGCGUUGGACCCUUUGUUCUAAACAACGCUCUUUUGCCACGAUCGUUGGAUUGGAAAUGGAGAAAAAGGGCAGCUUCAGUCAAAUUCUUUUAAGGAAGUCGUUGAGACAGGAUAUGGAUCCAUAUCUUGGGUUGAAGGUGUCCCUAAACUGGUGGAGAUGGCAGAAGAAAACUUUGACAGAUUCAGAAGCAAAGAUCGAUUGUUGUACAAAGGAGUUGGGAAGAUCUAUUGGGUAUUAUGGUUCUUAUUUUACAAUUUUUUCAGAUUAUUUUCACAUGAUGGAUGAGUUUGAGAUAGAUGAGCUAUUAGGUAUAGUACCACCUCCACCUCCACCUCCACCAGAUCAUUUACGACAGACAAUUAGGACAAAUAUUGAUGCUUUGAUUAGAGAUAUUCACACUAUUAGGUGUGAGCCUCAUCCACCCCCUCAGUUGUUACGCCUUGCAGAUAGUAUGCAAGGCAUUGUACAGUCUAUGCAGGUAUUAGAUAGCGAGCUAGAUAGCUAUCGUAGCUGGCGUGAGGGAUUGCGUGCAUUUUAUGCAGAUGGCCUCACAUACAAACAAGUUAUUGACUUAAAAAUAACAAAAAUAGAUUUGAAAAAAUAUUUUGUGAACCCUAAGACGGGUGAAGAGAUAGAUCCGAAGAAGUCAUGGAUCUCUAUUCGAUGGUGUAGGCACUCGGGCAUUGCUAGCCACUUUUGGGAGCGGUGGUUGAUGGUCUUUGACCAUCCACCACACUCCAAUCAUGAGGUCUCGAUGUAUUUUUUGAAGAAAUUAUGGGUAGAAUUUGAAUUGGGCAAAAAACCCAAUUACUUUGAUAUUAGAUCGUUUCAGGGGGUUGGGAGAGGCAUGCCCCAGGAUAGGCCAAGAGCAAAAUUGAGCGACAGGGUUAGAAACCAUGUGCGCGAUGAUCCAUUGGUUCCUCUUCCAUCACCAGUUGUUCCAGCAUCCGCCCAUUAUCGAGCAGUGGAUUCUGUUCUAGGUUCAUUGAGUGCCCUGUCGGACAAUUUGGUACAGCAGUUGUGGGAGGUGAGGGCUGCCCCAUGCUUAGCACAUGUUUGCACGAGUUGUGGGAAUGUAUGUAGGGGUCCACAGAGUGAAGCUGCCCUUGGAGGAGAUGGUGAUUUUGAUGAUGCUGAUGCCGCCCAUGGUGGUUACGAUGAUGCCGAGGAGGCUGCACAUGCUGAUGCCGUCUCUUCAUAUGUUGAUCUCCUGUGGGUAGACGAUGAUCAGCCUAGAGAGAGGAUGGAUCAUACCACAUCAUUGAGGAACCAACAACAUGUUACCUCAAUACCUAGAGAUGUUGGUGCCCCAUUUACGGGUGCUUCAUGUAGCACUGAGGUGGGUAGUUCUUCAUGUGACCCAUGGACCACUGAGGCUCAGCCUCAUAUACCACUAGCUUCUGGAUUGUUUGAUGGCGCAUCACAUGUACGCCUUCGACCAUCAGUUACUUUGCCUGCAUCACAUGUUCACACCACUACCAAUAUUGGUACGGCUAUGGGGUUGAGCCAGAUGCAACCAUCGACAUUAUCAUUUGAGGACUUGGCUACGACCACUUUUCUUGUUCAUGAUAGUGGACCUCCACGUACCAGUGAGGGAAUUGUAGAGCACGGUCGUAUGACACUGAUAUUGCACAUGAGGGUGGAGUCACUAAUACUGCACAGGAGGGUGGAGACACUGAUAUUGCACAGACACAUGAUGGUGCAUCUCAGGACCAUGUGCAGCAGGAUGAUUCAUCUCAACCACCUUCACAUGGAGUGAAGAGGACUGCAGAUGAGAUGCACGCGAGUUCUUAGAUUGUAUAUUUUAGAUUAUGUCAUGUUAUUGUAUUGUGGACUUUUUAUGAUGACACUUGUUAUGUUAUCCUGAGACUUGUUAUUAUGUGAUUAUAUAUAGGACUUGUUGUUAUGUGUUAUGUGUUAUGUGAUUAUA